GCCCGUUGCCAUCAGCUGUAUAUACCUAGGUAGCCUCUGGUAUAUCGAUGUCAUGUUGGGCUAGUCGAUUGUGAUGACGAAAAAAAAAAAGAGAGGAGUUCUGCAUCUGUUCCUUGUUAAAACAUUGUCAAUGGCACUCCCUUCGUUCAUAUUAGGCACGUAGAAUAUUCAAUCUUGGAUUCCCCCAGAUGGGAAUCUAUUAAUACCCUGUCCCUACCUAGCCUUUGCAAUCUUUGGAUCGUGGAAGUAUGAAACGCCAAGAGGGUGCAUGCUCAGUGACUUGCAGCAGUUCUUGGCAACGUCUCAGACCAAAGGCAACGAGCUGUUUCAACAUUAAUAAAUCUUCGAGACUCGACUUUUCUUUUUGAUCUCCGUCAUCUCUCUUCCCACAACUAAAUAUCAUCAUAAUGUGGCUUCAUUGGCAGCCAACGAUAACCUUCGUUAAUAUUGGGGUAGCGUGCUUGGUGACGGGUACUCUAGGGCAGAGGGUACGGGUACAAGAACCUAACCGUUCUGUCGUAGUAGACAAAGAGACAGCAGUGGGAGGGGGAGACUACCACCAACAAGAGAAUGCAACAGGAGAACAGGCUGUCGUAUCGGAGAUCCCGCAGGUUUCGGAAGUACCAGAGAUAUCCGGAAUCCCACAAGUAGAUAUUAAUCUACUCAACGGUACUACAACGGCGGGCCAACCGGAGCCUACUGAGCCCGUUAUUUCAAUAGCCGCACUGCUGUUCUCGGGACCACCCGGUCCUAAAAACUGUCGCGGUACAGUGAUAACGAACGUCCAACUACCUAAACCUGGAUCGCAGCACUCAACACCAAAGUGUUACAACAUGCCGGGAAUAGCCCAAUGCGGUACCUUCGUGGCUAAUCAGGAUGAUGGUUGUCAAGCACGCUUAUUCAACGAACCAAAUUGCCUCACAUUUGCCAAUUUGGCUGUCUUCACUCCGGAACAAAGAGCCGUUGGCGGAUUGUUUCGAAGCAUUGAAAUUACUUGCGGGAUCAAAGGCGAAACGCCACCGCCCUUGAACCUCCCCGGGAUGAAACUCCCACCUGGCGCCCAACAGGCAGUUGGAAAGGUAAAGCGUAACACUGCAUUCUAUCGUUUGAAGGAUGGCAGGUUGACUAAUUCAACUUAGUGAGCAUUAUUGACUGGUCAUACUCGAACGAAUGGACGAGAGCGAUUGCGAUAAGCGAAUAUCAUUUGGAUAUCUUUUUUUGGUAAAGAUCUGGAUAUAACCUGGAGCUGGGUUGUGAGUCAAGACUCAGGGAGGCCUUAAAGAUACCGUUCCGAUAUAUCUACCUACGUAUCUGGCCGGAGCUACAUGGUGGGUAGCCAAUCGUCUGCGGCGUAUUAGUGGUAGUGUUGCUAUAACAUGAUGGACGCAACGAGACGAGAAAACGUUGUGCAUUAAUUCGAUGCUGGAGUACGAAUGGGGGACCGCGAAACGAUGGCCGGAUACUGACCGGAUGCAAGUAGCACAUCCAAUAACUGAUGAUGCCCAAAAUGAUGGAAAGCAAUGGUGUAUAGACACCUAGCUACCUAGAAUAGCUGCUUACCUACAUACCUAAGUAGUAUCAGGGUAUACUAUGUACUAGUUAGUAGUAUGUAUGUUCAAAUGUUUGGUUAUAAAGUAGGUAGUUAGGUUAAGUCAGGUACCAACCAGGUACUAAAAUGGAGGAUGACUCAAUGAAUGAAGACAUUUGAAAAACAUUGAAGAUGAUCAUGGAUAUCAUUAUCAUAAAUCAUAAUCACAAUCUAAGUAAAAACCCAGUAAAACCA